CAUUCUUGGCGGCGCGGAACCUUCUUUUCCUCCAACGUGAUCACAAACGGACCCCUUCCUCGCCCUCCACAGAGCCGGCGGCAAGCCAAGCUCGGCUCCUCUGUAUGGUCUGCAGCAGACUCGACUUGCGCUAGCGAGCCCUUCGACGCUCGUGUCGUUUUGUGCUUAUUUAGUUGACGGAAGCUCGUGAUCGCAUGCGUACACAUACACGCACGCUCAAUAUGUAAUCGGCUCUUCGGUUGUCAUUAGGUAUGCGUGUGUGCGCUCGUGACUGGUACCGAUAUGAAACUGUUGUACUGCUGCACGGUUAGAGAUAUAUCCUGCAUCUUAUACACGUACGGACGAUAGCAAAGCUGAGUAGAUCGGAGCCCGCAAUGAAACGCCGGAGGCUGGCUCGCACCACAUCGUGCCGCGCGCCGCCGACUUUGAAUCUCGCCGGUUCGAGUCCCACUAACGGAGGAACUGCGUUCAAUGCGCCGAGCCCAGAGGCAUUGCAAGAAUUAUGCUCUCCGGGCAGCAGCAUAGCGCCGUGCAAGUGAAGCGCUCGCUCGUGAAGGAUCAGGUGCGCGAGGUGAUCGGGGGCUUGGAGAUUGUGCUCGGAGAGCUGAAGGAUGUGGCGAAGGAGCUGAAAGAGGUCGUCUCCCAGAUCGACACGCUCACCGCCAGCCUCAACCUGGACGAGGAGACGGACGACUCCAAGUGCAGCACCCUCAACAGCUCCUCGAGUGGCAACACUGGCUCCAGCGGAGGCGGCGCGGCUGCCGUUGCUCGUUUCAGCACCACGGUCAGCGCCGCGCGUUUCAGCACCACGAUCAACGCCUCGCGCUUCAGCACCACGGUCAGCGCCUUCGCCAGCCGCACCUCGGCCAGCGCCUCCGUGCUCACCGUUCUCCGGAAGCCGAGGCCACCUCCACCCCCUCCCAGGACCACACCUGUGUCGCUGCCCCAGCUGCCCUUUUGCGAGGAUCCGGGCCAGCGGGGCAGCUCCUUGGAGCCGACAGAGCAGGAGGAGGAGGAGGAGCAGGGGACUGUGGCAAGAGACGGCGGCGACAGGGAGAGGAAGCGGGAAGUGGGAGAGAACUUUUGCUGCCAACGGCGGCAGUUCGAGCUGAGCUACACGGCAGUGCGGCAGCGGACAGAGCUCGUGCGGGACUCGGCCUCUUAUCAACAUGAUCAGUCGAAUCAUUAUUACCAUCAUCAUCAACAGCAUCUUCAGCAGCAGCAGCAGCAUCGUUAUCAGCACCGGCAAGUGGACCAACACGCGCUCAAGGAUCGUGUACGCUUCAAUGACCUCGUCGAGUUCAGCGACUUGGUCGAGGAAGAAGAGGAGGAGGAAAGUAAUGAGGACCCUUUGCCAUCAGUGGAGGCACGGGGUCAUCCGUUGGGGCAAAUCGUCUGCAACCAGAGCGCGCUGCAGGUGGAAGCCAUGCAAUUGAGACACCACCACCACCAAAUCCAUCACCAUCACCACCAUCAGCAACAGCAGCAGCAGCAGCUCGCGUGCUCCGUGCAAUUGAACGCGGGUGCUCUGCAGGCUCUGCCACCCUCUGGCUUCCUAAGGGACAGUAGGAGCAUUUCCUACCACGCCAGGGAUACGACCGUGAUUGCGCAUGCCAAGAGGGACUCUGAGGGUCACCCGCCCCCCAAGGCAAUACUGAGAAAGUCGAAGAACACAGUGGUAUAGGGUGCACCGGUGUGUGCAGUGCAAUGUCUGUGGCGAUGGAAAUGGUGGUGGUGGGGUUACGAAUAUUAAUAAUAAAGUUGUGCUUUGGGAAAUAAUGCUGGCUAAGUUUGGUAGCUGAUGGCUGAAUGUAAGGACACACCGCAUUGUGCGAGCCUGUGUUUUAAUUGCCUUGGUAAAUGCGCAAAGACGUGUCCCUUGCGGAAUGGUACACAAAUCUCACAUAGCAAACUCCAUUUACCAAUUUCCUCCGUUCAAUGCACAUUGGAGUCGUUGUACACCGCAUGCACCUGAUGAUCAGUACACUGGCCACAUAAAGUAGAACAUAUUCGAAUUAAGAUCACUGUAUUUGUUUUGGUAUGUUUCAGGUGACGCAAGUUGUUGCUGUUUCAGAUUAAGAGCGAGUGUAUUGUUUUUGUGGGUGUGUGGGCACUUGUGUCUCGCAUGGACUGAGUGCUUUGGUUGCAUUAAGAUCGACUUUUUGUGACUGUGUGUGCAUAUGUGCCAAACCUGCGGGGAGCGAUAGUGCAGCGGUUAGCGUGCUGCACUACGAACCUGGCGAACCAAGUUCGAUUCCGACUCACUUUCAACAUCAUUGACGAUUAUUUGAACCGGUACUGGGCCUCCCCUAGGUCGACUCGGCCCCAAAUGAGUACGGUGUGUAGAUAUCAGAACUGCAGAGACAAAGUUGGCCGGGCAUGGUGCUGGCCACCCACCCCAUCGUGUGCCGUGCCAGCCUUAAUAGGUGCUCGCUAACAGCACUUGCCCCAAUAGUCUGUUAAGCAUAUGCGGAGGAUCCUUCUAUUACCCAACACGAUGCAAAGUACUUAUUGAGAGUGAUGCGUUUCCCUCUAUGACAAAAAAAAGAAAGUGACAAUGCAAAUUCAUCAUCAGGCAUGUGCAGCGUGUAACGCAAUAUUUUCUAUCCUAAGGGAAGUGACUUGGUAAAUGCGCAAAGACGUGUCCUUGUGUUUGGCGCUUUAUAAAGCGCUGCCAUACAAUGGCAUCUUCUCUACAAACAUAAUUCAUGCCUUGCUAGGUAAAUGGCCUACCCUGUAUAUAGUACUCUGUAUAGUACCGCAUAGGCGUUUGAAAGAAGCAAAAAUGCUCAGGGAUUUUAAUAGUGCCGAAUGAGACGUGUGUGUACAUGAGGCGUGCCUGUUUAUUUAUUUAACUCGUGCACUGCUAUAAAUACAUUGUGGGCGGGAGGGGGGGUGAGGAUGCUUGUUUCACACCCGCUUGCUCGGACUUCUGAGCAGAUGAGUUGUAGCUGCCGGACCCUUGAAAAUGACCGCUAUUCAAUGUUUGCUUCGAAUUAUAUUUAUACCAUACGCGGUUGUGGAGACAACUUGUACUGGGUUGUGUGAAUUUAUUACCCAGGUGACUUCCAAAAAGUAACACCUCGUUUCUUUUCUUCUCAGUAGACUCCAAAUCGACAGAGGCACUCCUCCAACAUGACGAUGCCAGAUCGUCCCAAAUUAUCGUCAGAAUUCCGGAGGUCAUUGCUCAUAGUCCACAUGCCAAAGCAGAACACGGUGCAACCCGAGGUAUCAGAACUUUACGAGUGUUUUGAUCAUUUGCAAUGUUUAUCCACUAAAAUUCAGUGUUAUUGGCCACAUCAAGAAAUUGUAACUGCAAAAGUUACGCCACCCUCAGAUAGUACCGACUGGUGAAACAUCUGGUCCGGCUACCUGGACGAUGAGGUCAGGUUUACUGUGCUGCUUAUUUCACUCGAUGCAUGCUUGAGUUGGCACGCCGAUAUUUGCAUCUGACAAUUCCAGACAAUAUACGCGAGCCCGAGAAACAUCAGAGGUCAUUGCACAGAAUGUUCUGCCACAUCUGCCGUGCAGAAUAGAUCUGGCGCGUUCAAAUUAUCACUGCUCGGCCACCAAGAAGGACGGUUUAUGUGAGCAACAUCGUGAAAAUGGCACUGCCGGCAAAGAGCACUGUUCUUUGACGGUUUGUGCGACACCGAUGAAUCGUUUUAUUGUGUUGGAAUUCUCGGCCCGUGGUCCCACGUUGGCACCGGUGCAUUGGAAAAUAUGAGGCAAUGUUAAAACAAAAAAAUCUGCCAAAUGUUCUUGGCAUUCCCAUGAAUAACAUUUUGUAUCCGUUCAAUAAAACGUUAUUGAUUUUGGAAAAAUAGGAGGAUUUACUUUUGGUGCAGCCCUGGGCUGUAAGUCUAUAUAUAUAUAUACACACAUAAACUGUACCAUUACAUGGAUAUGGGAUGCCCGCAGAAAUCAAUCUCGGGUAUUUGAGCACAAAAGGCCACAUUUGCACAUUUGUCCCGAUUUGCUCGUGAAGAGCGUUAAUACGGAAAGGACAAAUGGGAAGCUAAGUAGGCAGCAGUAAUGCAGUCUCUUCUUCUCAGCACCCCUCUCCCACCGUUUCUCUGUCAAUGUACAGCACUUAUGAAAAACGUAAUAUUUCAUUGUGUCAUUGGUCAUGGAGUAUAUAUAUAUAUGAAUAUAUAAAUUAUAAUAUAUAUCAAUAAUAAUUUACAUUGUAUCUAAAUACAUAAGCAUAUCAUGACGCAGUACAGGCCAACCAGAUAAAAAAUCAGUGUGACAUGAUCAUCAUCAUCAUCAUGGGCCUUGGUCAAUCCACUGCUGGACUAUGGCCACCCCUCAACUCGUGACAAUCUCCCACGAACUCCUUGAUGUAACGGAUCUGCCCCGAGCCUGCGUCCGCGCGAACGACGGUGAGCAAAGUGAGUUCAUUCGAUUGUAAAUAACUCACCUGACCAAAACAAAGAGCAACAGUCGGGGGGAGUAACUUGAGCAGUGGGAUGAUGCACCACGCAAAACCGUCCUGGCCACCGAAAUCUUAUGCUGACGUUCACUUGUAAUGUGCUCCGCGAUGGUUUGAACGCGUAUGGAAGGGCAAAAGUUAUUGUAACCCUGCUGCUGCUCUAUAUAAGAACGGGAGACACAGCAGAGCCUCACCAUUCUGGCGAAUUGCCCGAUGAUGCUGGAUGCAAUUACCAGCGAAACGUCGUACUCAAAUUGUAAAUUGAUGUGGUUUCACGCUUCAACACACCGGUGGGCUAAAGCAGUGAACUAAUUGUCUUUUGUCAACGUGACACUUUUUUACUGAUUGGCCGUGUCGGGUGGUGGAGGGUUACGACACAUUUAUAAAUAACGCGAUCUAAACCCAAAAACUUGAUUAUGAAUAAUAUUGGUCGCGAAAGCCUGCUACGU